GUUCUCUCACGCCCCACAGCAAAACCUUCUCCUCUGCCUGCCCUAAUAAACACCACCUUCCACCUCCUCUCCAACCUGAACCCCUCCUUCUCGACCUCGUGCUGGAUAUGCCUGUCCCUAACCCGAACUCUGGUUUCCGCAACCCCCCUCCCUAACACACUCAUAAACAACCUUACUUUCGCCCCAGGCAGACUUCAACGCACACUCUACAAUGUAUCCCUCUUUGGCACCGAAGACAUGACUUGCCUAGUCAACCAUACCCAAAAAUUGACAACCAUACCGUGCACCUCUAAUACCUCGCUUCCCCCUGCGAAUUUUUGCCCUCCCCCGGGGAUCUUCAUCCUCUGCGGUACGACAGCCUAUACAUGUGUCCCCGAGAACCUUGAACAAGCCCCCUGUCUCUAUGUCUUCCUGACACCUAAUCUCUCUGUUAGAACUGAAGGCGAGCUAGAAUCAUCUCUCACCCCGGCCUUCCCUCAUUCCAGGCGGGAGAGAGCAGCUCUUGUUCCCCUUCUUGUGGGGACAGGGGUCCUAACAGCCGUGGGAACCGGGGUCGGAGGGAUUUCUUCCUCAGUACACUUCUAUCACAAGCUCUCCACAGAAUUCUCUGAAGAUAUGGCCCUCAUAAGUGACUCCAUUGAAUCCUUACAAAGGCAGAUAGACUCGCUGGCAGCUGUGGCUCUGCAGAACCGCAGGGCCCUUGAUCUCCUCACCGCUGAGAAGGGAGGUACAUGUAUUUUCCUCGGGGAAGAAUGCUGUUAUUUUGUCAAUGAAUCAGGAAUAAUAAAAGACCAUAUAAAAACACUAAGGGACAGAAUAAAUCAGAGGCAGAGGGAGGCAACUGGGGGGAUGGCAUUUUUCGACUCCCUAGCUCCCUGGCUCCUCCCUCUCCUAGGGCCACUAACAUCCCUACUCCUAAUCCUCCUCUUUGGCCCAUGUCUCAUAAAAUGUCUUACUAGCUUCCUCCAAAACAGAAUACAAGCCCUCACGAAUGCGAAGGUUGGAGAACUGUACCUAGCCCUCAACCCGGAGACUCUCUCAACCGGCCCUUAUGCUGAAACACCCAUGAUGCGGAGCGGAACAUCCGGAGCCUCUCUAUUCCCCCACGACGCCCCUACCCAGCCGGAAGUAGUCAGAUGAUCACGUCGCCCACUUAUCCCAUCAUAGAGAGUCCGGAAUGUCCGGUAUUCGCUGGCACCCUGCCCCGGGGGCGAAAAGACCCCCUCCCUCUCUUGGGCCGGUGAGAAACUGACCUCACCACACUGACGUC